UUGCUCAGGGGCACUUCCUCUUCCGGCUGCGCGAGGCUUUUGCUCCAGCCGACGUGUUCUUCCGGUGGCGAAGCGGCAGCUUACCCUGUGCAGGGCAAAAUGGAGCUCGAGGCCAUGAGCAGAUACACCAGCCCAGUGAAUCCGGCUGUCUUCCCCCACCUGACUGUGGUGCUUUUGGCCAUUGGCAUGUUCUUCACCGCCUGGUUCUUCGUUUAUGAGGUCACCUCCACCAAGUACACUCGAGAUAUCUACAAAGAGCUUCUCAUCUCCUUGGUGGCCUCACUCUUCAUGGGCUUUGGAGUGCUCUUCUUGCUGCUCUGGGUCGGCAUUUAUGUGUGAGCUCCCAAGGGUACCAACCAGACGGCUUCACUGAAUCUCUGCUCUUGUAAAUUUUUUUACUGUUGCUGGAAGUAUCCCACCUGCUGCUCACAAUAAAGGCAAAUGUCUGACA